AUGUCACAGAGGGGGAGGAGUGGAUGACCUCAUUCAGGGGCAGACUGAAAGGGAGGGGAAGAAAGAGAGGGAGAGAAAAAGGAAGCAGUCUGCUAUACAUUUUUUUUCUCCACACUGAAACUUUCAAAAAGAGAAAAGAAAAUAAGAGAGCCGGUGAGGAUCAACCGAUUGGGAAUGAGAGCGAGAGAUAAAGAAAUAGGGAGGAAUAACACUAACCUGACACUGAGUGUCGUGCACAACUGAUGAGACCAUCAAAUAUUACGUGUUUGAGGCCUUGGGGCCUUCAUUGACCAAGGAGGGAGAGCAGGUGGGCACUUCUGGUCCUGGAGGGUUGCAGUGUGUGCAGGCUUUUAUUCCAACCCUCAGAGCCCUGACAGAGAGAGAGAGAGGGAGAGAGCAUGUCUUCUAACUUGGACUCCAGUCUAACCAGCAUAGACUGGCUCCCCCAGCUGGGAAUCAGCUCACUGCGAUCAGGAAGAGAGAGAGGAGUAGAAGAGGGGGAGAGAAAGAAAGAGAGAGGGAGGGAGAGAAGUGAUCUUCCUCCACCCAUCCCUGCCCCCUUUCCUUCCUCUGGAUCCAAAGCCAAGCCCCCUCACAGCUAUGCCACCCUCAUCGCUAUGGCAAUAGGCGCAGCCCCCGGCAGGAAGUUGAGUUUGAAUGACAUCUACAUGUGGAUCAGUGACAUGUUCCCCUACUACAGCAGAUCCGGCAGGGGAUGGAAGAACUCCAUCCGCCAUAACCUGUCCCUCAAUAAAUGCUUCCGGAAGGUUCCUCGACCCCAAAGUGACCCUGGGAAGGGUUCCUAUUGGAUGAUGGACGGCCCCUCAGAGCCCAAUCCGUUGAGAGGAACCAAGCGUCCGUAUCCAGCUGAAGAGGAGGAGGGGUCCAUCCAGGUCCCCAAUGUCUCAGUGAUGCAGGCAGAGAAACAGCAUUCACCCCAGACAGACCAUUAUACACCUUUAGCAUCGCCACAGGAACCUAGUCAACAACUAUCCCCCCCACCAUGCAAGCAACGGCCACCCUAUAUGCAGUCCCCUGUCUCCUCUCUCCCUGUCCCCCAUGAGACUGUCUCCCCAUCUACUGCCUCUGCUACUCUCCCUUCUCUUUCUGUCCCUCACUCUUUCCCCUCUCUUUCUGUCCCUCACUCUCUCCCCUCUCUUUCUAUCCCUCACUCUCUCCCCUCUCUUUCUGUCCCUCACUCUCUCCCCUCUCUUUCUGUCCCUCACUCUCUCCCCUCUCUUUCUAUCCCUCACUCUCUCCCCUCUCUUUCUGUCCCUCACUCUCUCCCCUCUCUUUCUAUCCCUCACUCUCUCCCCUCUCUUUCUGUCCCUCACUCUCUCCCCUCUCUUUCUACCUCUCACUCUACUGUCUCCUCUUCUGUCUCCCCUCAAACUCUUCCUUCUUCUGUUCCCGCUCUCUCGGUUCCCACUCUCUCUGUUCCCGCUUUCUCUGUUCCCUCUCUUUCUGUCCCAUCUCUUUCUGUUGCCCCCACCUACGCCUCGUCUCACUCCUGUGAUCCCCUUCUCCGUUUCUCCUUCUCUGAUCUGAACCUGCCAGACCUCUACACCUCCUUCCAGUCCCUCUGCAGAAGCGUCAGGGAGAGAGUGGCCUCGCAAUCGGACGUGGGUCCCUUAUUUUUGUUGACCAAUGACAGUACCCCACUGCACACCCCAACCCUCCCCCCUCUCUCCCCUCACCCUGUACCCUCUGUAGCGCCCGGGCCUCCUCCUGAGGCAGACAGACUGUCUCACAGCAGUGUGGUGCCAGCAGACUGGUUCAGUACUACAGACACUCUGAAGGAGAGCUUUAGGGUCGCCAGCAGUCUGGACUGGGCCAACAUUGACCUCACUAGCCACCCAGACCUCCUGGAGAGCAUGCGCCAGGCCGAGCUCUGUGAUUGGGCGCUGGAGCCGACGCUUUUUCACUUCGCUCUGUGAUUCGUUGAACCGUUUCUUCACUCAGAAGGGCCUAAUUGGCUCGUCCUCCGGUAACAACUCCCCAUUGGGCCACGGUGCCCCUCAAUCUCUGCUCCUCCCACCCCUUACUCACAACACCCCCACCCUGGCCAGCCUGACCCACCCCUCUCCCCUGGCCUACCCCCCCCUGGUCCCCCCUUCCAGCAGUGGGCAGCCCCCCAGGAGGCCCCUCCACCCCCAAACUCAGGGUGUACAGAGGCCCCACCUGACCCAACCUGGAGCUCCUCAGACCAAUGCUGGGGUCCAACUUCAACCUAAACCCCGUCCCCCUAUGAAACAUCUCCAUAACAACAGCGAGGAGAUCCAAGAUGACUUUGACUGGGACUCUCUGAUCGCCUGACAGAGUGGAUUCUGUUUGCACCACGAUUCCAUCCAGGAAGUCUACUGGAUCAGUGCUGCCCGCUGGCACAGAUCUAGGAUCAGCUUACUCUCCCCAAAACGAACCUGGACCACUGGGAGGAAACAUGCAAAACUAAAUUUAGAUCAGUAUCUAGGGGAAACUUCCUCCUACUCCAAGGGCCCUCCCAUACAAAACACUACACCCUAUGUUCAGCUGCCUCACCACACACUACUCUUCACAGUGAGGAUGGUCAUUGGUACAUUAUGAUUGAAUGCAGUAUUGCUAUAGUGAAAUGGUUUAAAGUUUUUUGGUUCCUACUUAUUUUCUGCAAUUGUAUCCCUAUCUGGAAGUCUUCACAGAAGCUUCUGGACAUGCAUAUAUCCUCCAACUGACAGAGGAGACUUCAUAUGUUAAUAAAAUACUAGAAAAUGAA